GGGACGUAAGUGGCGGACGUGACGCAUGCGCUGUAGGGAUUCUUCUAGGUGCUGGCCACACGUGUGUAUAAGCUGGUAAGGAAAACGUAUUUAUCAGCACGGGGCCGCGGCUGUUUCACGAGCUUUCAUUAUGGAAGCAAAAGGCAAAAAGCAGAUGAAAACAAAACCGAAGCCUCAGCAGAGAUCCCCAAAGAGUGGACAGUUUAAGAAAAAAGCACUUGGUUCCCAAAGCCAUGGAAAAAACCCAGAACAGAGUCCAAAGGGGAAUCGUAAGCCUCUAAAGUUUGAAAAGGGAAAGAAGAAGCCCGACCAUGCAGGAGGCAAAGCGGCUGUGAAACAGUUUGCGCCAAAAAACAGAAAACAAGGCGAUGGCUUCACAAAGAAGAGGAAGCCCCAAGAAGAGGGUGAAGAAAGCGGCGUUGAAGCCAAGAAACCAAAGUGGGAUGACUUCAAAAAGAAGAAAAAGGAGUUAAAACAGACCAGACAGAGUAAUGAGAAGAGUAAUUAUGACGUCAUGUCAAGGUCCAAGCACAUUUGGGAGAACAUCAGAAGAAAAGAUUGUGAUGCCACAAAGAGAACCAAACUGAUGGAUGAACUGGAGAAGCUGCUUCGAGGGAACGUGAAAAGUAUUGCCUUUGCCCAUGACACUACCAGAGUGAUCCAGUGUUAUAUAAAACAUGCCAAUGAGAAACAAAGGAAAGCCAUUUUUGAAGAGCUGAAAGAACACAUAGUGGAUUUGAGCAAGUCUAAAUAUGCCCGAAAUAUUGUAAGGAAGUUCCUUAUGUAUGGAUCAAAACCUCAAGUUGCAGAAAUAAUAAAAAGUUUUAAAGGACAGGUGAAGAAACUUUUGCGACAUUCUGAGGCUUCCUAUAUUGUGGAGUACGCAUACAACCACAAAGCCAUUUUGGCACAAAGGAACUUGUUAUGUGAAGAACUGUAUGGAAACACAUUUCGGUUUUACAAGUCCACUGUUCAUCCAUCUUUAGAGCAGGUGUUGGAGGCCCAGCCUGAAAAGAAGGAAUCUAUUUUGGAAGAGAUGAAACAAAUUCUUGUACCAUUAGCACAAAAGGAGGCAGUAAUCAAGCAUUCAUUGGUACAUAAAGUUUUUCUGGACUUCUUCAUCCAUGCCAGCACAAAAGUAAGAUCGGAAAUGAUUGAGGCCAUCAGAGAAGCUGUAAUUUAUAUGAUCCAUACACAUGAUGGCGCUCGAGUGGGAAUGCACUGCUUGUGGCAUGGAACGCCUAAGGACAGAAAAGUUUUUGCAAAAACCAUGAAGUCGUUUAUUCAAAAAAUUGCCACAGGCGAAUUUUCUCAUCUGGUUUUGCUGGCAAUGUUCGAUUGUGUGGAUGAUACAAAGCUUGUAAAACAGAUAAUUCUUUCUGAAAUUAUUAGUGCAUUGCCCAAUUUAAUGCAGGAUAAAUAUGGGCGGAAGGUUCUGCUGUAUUUGCUGAGUGGACGCAAUUCUGCACAUUUCCUACCUGAGAUUAUUGAAGUGCUCAAACAAGGCGAUGGAAACGCACACAGCAAAAAGGAUCCUUCAGUGCGACACCGUGAGCUGCUGGAAGCCGUAUCUGGCCCAUUGCUAAAAUAUCUUGAGGAGAACAUACAGGACUUGGUGUUACAGAAUGCUAUGUGUGUCGUGGUGACAAAUACUCUUCUCUAUGCGCUGGGGGACUCGCAGCCUGUCAUGUCUGCAAUCGCUAGCAUAGCAGCUGAAGAUUUCGUACCAGGUGGCAAAGAUGGAGAGCUUCACAUUGCCGAGCACCCUGCUGGUCACCUUGUGCUGAAAUGGUUGCUGAAGCAAGAUAAAGACUUGAAAGAACAGGGUAAAGAAGGCUCUUUUGCUGGAACGUUACUAGAACACGUGGGCAUCAAGAACCUCAGCAGCUGGGCACAAGUGAACAGGGGAGCCAUAGUCCUUUGCUGCCUUUUACAAAGUUCGGAUGAAGAAAUUGCCACUCAAGUAAAAAAUGGACUCAAGGGCAUUGUGACCAAACCAAAAGACACCAAAAACAAUAAAGCAAUCGAAGCUUUACUAGAACAUUUACAUUCUUCCUAGUUUUGACUCUUUAGAGGAAUCCUGGCCGGCGUGUCAUCUGUAGGCUCGGGAAAGGCUUGUAAGAAGGUUUUAUAUUUAUAAAUAAAACUCUUUUACACA